CAAGAAUAUUUUAUAACACAGCUGAUUAAAAAAUAUAUAUUUAUGGAGUGUGAUAUCCUUGCCUCCAUCUGUGGUCUUAACGGCUGAGGUUGCUAUGGUUACCAACAAGCAUUUUUCAUACCUAAUGCUGUUUGGCCUUAGCUGAAGCUAGGCUAAUUUAACUGAGGUUUGCUUUUGCUUCUCGGCAUUACUUCCUCUCUAGCAUCAAGGAGUUUGUAGGUACAAAUCACGUCCAUCCUUAGGAGCUGUAGGAAAGUGUUACGAUAUGGGGGUAAAGUUGCGACAGACAGACAAUAGUGGCGGUGAAGGAUCCUGUCCAAGGGUUAACAAAUUGUCAAUGCCCUCAAAAUUUUGCCUAAAUAUUUUUUUAAACGACACGUCUUCAUUCCUGCAAGAGAAUCUAGGUAUUUCGCUUCGUGCCUUUCUGAACCUGGGACUUACUUUGCUAAUUGCACUGUUAGCUGGUAUUGCACACUGGCGUUAUCUUGAUGGUCUGUUUGAGAAUGACAGACAUUUCUCACACCUGUCUACCCUGGAGAAGGAAAUGGCUUUUCGAACAGAAAUGGGUUUCUAUUAUUCUUACUACAAGAAUUACAUCGAGGCACCCUCCAUUACCUCUGGGUUGCGUUUUUUUGUAAAUGAUAAUCUAUCAGAGUCUCCAGAAGUCAUCAACGCCCUGAAGAGGUUUAAUCUCUACCCUGAGAUAGUCAUUGGCAACCUACACAGAACAUACACGGGUUUCAUGGAAUUUUUUGGGCUGGCCAGCAAGACCUGCUAUGACAUCCACAGAGUCAGGGAUAUAACUCCAGUGGAAGGCUGUGAAGGCCUUGGAGACCCAGCUUAUUUCUAUGUCACCUGUGUGUUUGUGCUUAAUGGCCUUAUGAUGAGUCUUCUGUUCCUGUAUGGGACGUAUCUAAGUUGCUCUCGUUUUGGAGGUCUCAUCACAGUUCUUUGUUUCUUCUUUAACCACGCUGAAAGCACUCGGGUCAUGUGGACGCCUCCUCUGCGCGAGAGCUUCUCCUACCCUUUCUUUGUCAUGCAGAUGCUCAUACUGACCUACAUCAUCAGGAACCAGAACCCCGGACGAAAGGUUCUGGCGGCCCUCUGUGCCUGCAACAUUCUGUUCAUGCUCCCGUGGCCGACAUCACAGUGCAUUCUCCUAACUCAGGUUGCCUGCCUCUAUGCUUGUUUUGUCAUGGGCUACAUCACCCCUUCACUGCUGAAAUCACUGCUCUCCGUCCACAUGGUGGCCUCUUCAGUGUGCUUUGUCCUGCUGUUUGGAAACACAUCCCCGUCAUCCCUGUAUGCCUCAGCACUCCUAGCAUGCUGGACGAUUGUCAACUUCAGAGACAUCUUAUUUAAGGAUUACCCGCAUGGAGGCCAAAGAGCCUUGCUGCAGAUAUUUCUCUGUAUUGUCCUGACUGUCCUUCUCAAGUGGACUUUGUCUGCCAUCCUUGGUACCAGUGAGGUUCAUAUUAGCGAUGUGAUCAGGUCCAAGUUCAGCUCCAGUAAGGACUUUCUCUCAAUGAUGUACUCUUGCGUGGAGGAAUAUGACUACAUGGAGAUAGAGGCCGUCGUGGGGUACAUCAAGACACUUCUCCUUCCUCUGAACCUGAUCAUCGUGAGCAUGAUUGGGAUUAAGGCUUCUCAUAAGGUGAUGAACUAUCUGCAGCAGCCUCAAGUCGAGGGAGAGAAGGCAGGUGGUGACGCUGAACAGGUUCCGGAUUUGAGUAAUGGGGAGGUGAUGUUUAAUGGUCUGCAGCUCCUGGCGUUAGCUGUGCUGGCUUUCAUGGUGAUGAAGCUCAAACUGUUCCUGGCCCCACAGAUGUGCAUCAUGGCGUCACUCCUCAGCUCACGUCCGCUCUUCAGCUGGCUGGGAGACUGCAACAAGCACAACAUGGUCACCUUCGGGGUGAUGUCCCUCAUGGCCAUGCAGGGCAUGGCCAACAUCCAGAAGCAGAGGGAGAUGGGGGGGGACUUCAGGAGUCUGGCGCAGGAGGAGAUGCUGCAGUGGAUCAACACCAAUACCCCAACAGAUGCGGUGUUUGGCGGCACUGCCCCAACCAUGGCGAGUGUGUUGCUGUCCACCAGGAGGCCAAUCGUUAACCACCCCCACGAUGAGGACCCAGGCCAGAGGGAGCGGACCAAGAUGGUGUACAGCAUGUACAGCCGUAAACCGGUCAUGGAGGCCGUGAAGAGGCUGCAGGAUCUGAGGGUCGACUACUUCAUCCUGGAGAACACCUGGUGCUACCCGCGAGCCAGGGUGGGCUGCAGUUUGCCAGAGAUCUGGGACGCUGAGGACAAAGAGAACAGGGGCAAGAUUCCACUCUGCGUCUUGCUGCUGUCUGCCAACUCCCAUCCUCACUUCAAAACCGCGUUUGAAAACAAAGCCUACAAAGUGCUCCAAGUCCCCAAACCAACCAGAUAAUUACAGUCAUUAAUUAGAGUCUAAUGUAGGAGCCCUUAGACUCUAAUGUGUACUAAUGCAAUGUCAACUUACAUAAGGAAAAUAACCUUCUCUCUUGAACUCACAUAAACAAAUUGAAUCUCUCUCUGUGACUCUGACUCCUGUACUAUUUCACCAACACACAGUUUUGGUUUAAACGAUUUUAAAUCUUUUUUUUUUCCCCCUCAGUAAUAAAGUAACAUUACACAUAUAGUUAUUUUAUUGCUUUUCAUAAACAGUUUUACAAAAAAAAUAUUUUUACUAUAUAUUUCGAACAAAUAUACUGGUGGGAGACUUUCACUCCCGCCUGGCUGUGUGCUUGACUGACUGCAGUCGUGAGGUUGUCAUACGUGGUCUUCAGAAACACCCUAGCAUUUCCAUGGAGACCUAUUAUGACACUUGAAGUCCACUGCAAUAAGAAA